AUGGAGUACGCACCAACACGUGUGCCGGCGUUAAAUCCAGCUCACCAGCAUCAACACGAGCAUCUGCAUCAUGGAUCGCAUACCGUGCUGGAUGGCCCCGACCAACCGGUCUACACCACGGGCACGACCGAGGACCCAUCGAUGAUUUGCAAUGGCUCGCUGAAUCACGGACAUGCCAWCCCGAACUACAAGGGAGAGAAGAAGGAGGACUUCACCUACUCGGACGUGGAGAAGGGCCACGCUACGCCGAUAUCACCUCUGUCAAGUGUCCAAGAAAAGCCAGUCCGGAGUGGACGGUUCCCAGAAUUCUAUCGCAAAUACCGCAUCUACUUCCACGUUGUUAUAUGGAUGUUGGUGACUGCGUGGUGGGUUGCAGGCUUGGUACUCCACCACCCUGGAACCGCACGGCCUAAGAACUGGGUGAUCCCAUUCCUCCUAUGGUUGUUCAUCACAUUGAGGAUUGUGUUCUUGCACGUGCCCAUCACCAUAAUUUCGAAGCCAAUGAAAUGGACGUGGCGAAACACUGGAAGCCGCGUCAACAGCAUGAUUCCAGAACAGUACCGCCUAUAUGCUGGAGCUGCUGUCACUGCUGCCGUCUACCUUGUAGGCACCUUUGUGAGCAAGGAGGCUGGACAGAACACUCGUGCGAACCGUGCCAUUAGCUUGCUGGGCCUCAUCCUUUUGAUUGCUGGGCUGUACGCUACAUCCACCAACCGCAAAGCUAUCAACUGGCACACUGUGAUCAGUGGUUUCUUGAUCCAGUAUAUCAUUGCGCUUUUCGUCCUCAGAACCGGAGUUGGAUAUGACAUCUUUGAGUUCAUCUCUCGACUGGCUCGCGAACUGCUUGGAUUCGCCAAAGACGGUGUUGCGUUCUUGACGAACACGCCAACUUCUCAAUUGGGAAUGUUCUUCUUCACCGUCCUUCCCGCAAUCAUCUUCUUCGUGGCGCUUGUGCAGAUGCUUUACUACUGGGGAUUGGUUCAAUGGUUCGUUGGAAAAUUCGCCGUCUUCUUCUUCUGGGCCAUGCGAAUCUCUGGAGCCGAAGCCGUCGUGGCAGCAGCAACGCCUUUCAUCGGACAGGGAGAGAGUGCCAUGUUGAUCAAGCCGUUCGUUCCCCAUCUCACACGGGCUGAGAUCCACCAGGUCAUGUGCUCGGGAUUCGCUACCAUUGCUGGUAGUGUGCUCGUGGCCUACAUUGGAUUGGGAGUCAACCCUCAGAUUCUGAUUUCCUCUUGUGUGAUGUCCAUCCCGGCAUCGCUUGCAUGCAGUAAGAUGCGCUACCCCGAAACUGAAGAGUCUCUCUCCGCCGGCAAGAUCGUCAUGCCGGAUGACGAUGAGCACCGAGCAUCCAACACUAUUCACGCCUUCGCCAACGGUGCAUGGCUCGGUCUCAAGAUCGCAGGCAUGAUCUUGACAACCCUUCUCUGCAUCAUCGCUAUUGUGGCACUUUUCGACGGUAUCCUGACUUGGCUUGGACGAUACAUUGGUCUCGGGGGAGACUACGACCUCACUCUGACCCUCAUCCUUGGAUACGUCUUCUACCCAGUGGCAUUCCUCCUCGGAGUUCCUCGAGGUCCAGACAUUCUCAAGGUCUCCCGUCUGAUCGCGACGAAGAUCAUCACCAACGAGUUCAAUGCGUACAUCACCCUGACCAACGGCACCAACGAGUACUCCACCAUGUCGCCCCGAGCCAAAAUCAUCGCUUCGUACAGUCUAUGCGGUUUCGGUAACAUUGGUUCUCUGGGUACCCAACUCGGUGUCUUGAGUCAGCUUGCCCCGAGUCGUUCGGGAGACGUAGCACAAAUGGCAGUCAGUGCUUUGAUCACGGGAAUCUUUGCCACUCUGAGCAGCGCCAGCAUUGCAGGUCUGGUUAUCCAGGACGAGAAUGGCUUCCAGGUGGAGGCUGUGGCUACCAAGCGUAGCUUGUUCGCUCGCUGGGACACCGUCGAGACUCGUGCGCUGGAUUUGGCCGAGCUUGAGCGAGAAAGUAUGGCGGAAGAGGCUGCCGUGAGCGUAUAG